GGCGCAUCUGGGGCCGUCAAGAGACGGGCAAUGACGGGCGCGUUUUUCUCUUUCCUCGCGGGAUCGCGGAUAGUGGUGCCCGGCUGAAGCACAUUUCUAGGGUUCCAGCUCCGGGCGACGUCAGGGAGGAUGCGUCCCGAGUAGUUCUUCGCGAGAUCGAGCUCAGCUGUCAGUUCUAGGGUUCUAGCGUGGUUCUAGCUCGUAGCAGCAACAGCGAGGAUGAAUCCAGCUCUGCCCGGGGCCGCGUAUAACAUCAUUCCUGUGCACGAUGUCUUGGCGGAUCACGUCGCGCUACAUUUUCCAGAGGUCCGGGCAGCUGUUGCCGCACUACAGACGGUGGGAGAAUUGAGAAAACCUCCCGGUUUUCAAUGGAGACAAGGGAUGGAUCUUCUCGAUUGGCUUCAAGGUUUCUUUGGAUUUCAGGAAGGAAAUGUGAAGAACCAAAGAGAGCAUUUGAUACUUCUGCUUGCGAACUCGCAAAUGAGAGUCACGCCACCGCCAGACCCCAUCGAUCGGCUAGACCAGAAGGUGGUAGUCAAGCUACGUAAGAAAGUGCUCAAGAAUUACAGACUAUGGUGCAGCUUCAUGGGACGGCCAAACAAACUCAAAGUAUAUGACGGAAGGGUGGAUGAGAGGCUGGAGCUACUUUAUAUAUCACUCUACUUUCUUGUGUGGGGUGAGGCAGCCAACCUUCGGUUUAUGCCCGAGUGCCUCGCCUUCAUAUUCCACAAUAUGGUUGACGAGCUGAAUCAAAUACUGGAAGACUACAUUGACGAAAUGUCAGCCAUGCCUGUUCGCCCUGUAAGCCACGGGGAAAAUGGGUAUUUGAAGAACGUGAUUACUCCACUAUAUGCCAUCGUCAAAGAAGAAGCUGCGGCAAGCAAGGAUGGUAAAGCUCCUCAUUCGGCAUGGAGGAAUUACGAUGAUAUGAACGAAUACUUUUGGAGUAACAGAUGCUUUCAACAUUUAGGAUGGCCAUUGAACUUGGGAAGCAAUUAUUUUGUUAAGCCUGCGGGCAUGCUGACACAUAAAGUUGGAAAAACUGGAUUUGUAGAGCAACGCUCCUUCUGGAACUUAUACAGGAGUUUUGAUCGCCUAUGGGUUAUGUAUAUACUUUUCUUGCAGGCAUCAAUUCUAAUUACUUGGGAGGAAGCAGGGCCUCCAUGGACUGCACUACGACAAAAAGAUAUCUCGCUACACCUUUUUAGUUUAUUCAUUACCUGGGCUGGGCUCCGCAUCCUUCAAGCUGUGUUGGACAUUUGGAUGCAAAGGCGACUUAUGUCAAGAGAGACCAUGAUGUUUGGAGUAAGAAUGGUCUUAAAGGUCGUUACGGGCGUUGUUUGGGUUAUAGUAUUUGCAGUCCUUUACAGUCAAAUGUGGCGCCAGCGCCGGCAGGACGGAUUUUGGUCGAACGCAGCAAACCAGCGGCUGAAAAUGUUAAUUGAAGCUGCAUUGGUAUUUAUAGCCCCGGAAGUUCUAGCUCUACUGCUCUUCAUAUUACCCUGGGUGCGGAACUUCAUCGAGAACAAGGACUGGAAAAUCUUCAACUUGAUGACGUGGUGGUUUCAGACGAGGCUUUUUGUCGGCCGUGGGUUACGUGAGAGUCUUUAUGACAACAUAAAGUACACAUUAUUCUGGAUAAUGGUUUUGGCGGCUAAGUUUUCUUUUAGCUACGCAUUCCAGAUCAGUCCACUAGUGCGACCAACAAGAGCCACACUUCGGACUACAAACGUCGAAUACAGGUGGCACCAGUUCUUUGGAAGAGGAAAUCGUAUUGCAGCGGUAUGUUUGUGGGCUCCGGUUGUGCUGGUUUAUUUUAUGGACACACAAAUUUGGUACUCUGUGUUCUCGUCAUUAGUUGGUGCCUUGAUUGGCCUAUUUUCACAUAUUGGUGAGAUCAGAAGCAUCCAUCAAUUCAGAUUGCGGUUUCCUUUCUUUGCUAGUGCCAUUCAGUUCAACCUUAUGCCUGAAGAAUCACUCUUAAGGCCCAGGUUAUGGGGAAGUUGGUCGGCAGCAUUUAAAGACUUGAUGCACAGGUUAAAACUUCGUUACGGAUUUGGGUCUCCCUACAAGAAGAUUGAGGCCAAACAAAUAGAAGGGCGGCGGUUUGCGCACGUUUGGAAUCAAAUUAUUAACACCUUCAGAGAGGAAGAUCUGGUUUCCAACAGCGAAAUCAAUUUGCUGGAAGUUCCGACUCCCAAGUGGAACAUCUCUGUGCUGCAAUGGCCAGCGUUUUUAUUGGGAAACGAGAUUUUAAUGGCUCUUGGGCAAGCUAGAGAUUGGCAGGAUACUGACAGGAGGUUGUGGAGAAAGAUUUGUAAAAACGAAUUCCGUCCAUCCGCUGUGAUCGAAUGCUAUGAAAGCCUGAAACAUAUACUUCUUCGCAAAAUUAUCAACGAGGAAAGCGAAGAUCACGCUACCCUGACUCGCCUGUUUGAACAGAUCGACAGCGCUCUUAGCCAGGGGAAGUUUUGCAACGAAUACAACCUUUAUGAGCUUCCUAACAUUCACUCGCGGGUAUUGCCUUUGAUAGCAGCAUUGUUAAAAAGGCCGACUCAGGAGGACACGAAAGAGGUAGUAACGGCUCUACAAAAUCUAUUUGAUGUUGUAGUGCGCGAUUUUCCAAAGCACAAAGGUCUUCAAGACUAUUUAAUACCGCGGAGAAAUGAUCAACCACUUCCUUUCGUUGAGUCUAUUAUUCUACCAGACCCUGAAGACAACGAUUUCUUCCCUCAGCUGAAACGAGUACACAUUGUAUUAAGUACUAAAGAGUCUAUUUCACGUGUUCCGCACAACUUGGAAGCAAGGCGACGCAUUUCCUUUUUCAGUAACUCUCUCUUUAUGACAAUGCCUCGCGCUCCUCAGGUGGAAAAGAUGUUGUCCUUUAGUGUUUUAACACCCUACUAUAGCGAAUCCGUUUUGUACACCAAGAACGAGCUCCUUGAUGAAAAUGAGGAGGGAGUCUCAAUUCUGUUUUACCUCCAAAAGAUAUUUCCAGACGAGUGGAUCAACUUCUUGGAACGUAUGAGCAGUCUUGGCAUAAAAGAAUCUGAUUUGUGGACUGCGGACAAAGGUCUGGAACUUCGCCUUUGGGCCUCUUACCGUGGCCAGACUCUCGCACGUACCGUACGUGGAAUGAUGUACUACAACAGAGCUUUGCAGAUUCAAGCUUUUCUAGAUUCGGCAUCGGAAAAUGAUCUUCACGGCUACCGUGAAAUGCUGUCGCGGGCGUCAAGCAUGGCUGACGAUAGUAGGAACGGGUCACACGUACACCGAGACUCGUUUGGUCACGGACAAAGCGGCUCGCUUUACAAGGAGGAGCAAUACCGAGCAGCGUCAAGCUUGAAGUUCACGUACGUGGUGGCCUGUCAGAUAUAUGGCAACCAGAAAGCCAAGAACGAACACCAGGCAGAAGAGAUACUUUUCCUCAUGCAGAAGUUCGAAGCUUUGCGCAUUGCAUACGUGGACGAGGUUCCGGGACGAGACGCGAAAACUUUCUACUCGGUUCUCGUUAAAUACGAUCCUGCCAGCAAUCAAGAGGUUGAGAUUUACAGGAUCCAGUUACCUGGUCCACUAAAGCUAGGCGAAGGGAAGCCUGAGAACCAGAACCACGCUUUAAUCUUUACCAGAGGCGAAGCUGUUCAGACGAUUGACAUGAAUCAGGAUAACUAUUUUGAAGAAGCGCUGAAAAUGCGAAACUUGCUCCAAGAGUUCACGCGCUAUUAUGGUAUGCGAAAGCCUACUAUUCUUGGAGUUCGUGAGCAUGUCUUUACGGGAUCAGUCUCCUCACUCGCGCAUUUCAUGUCAUCUCAAGAAUCUAGUUUUGUUACACUUGGCCAGCGAGUCUUAGCUAAUCCACUCAAAGUGAGAAUGCAUUACGGGCAUCCAGACGUCUUCGACAGGCUCUGGUUUAUCUCCCGAGGUGGAAUUAGCAAGGCUUCGAGAGUUAUCAACAUCAGCGAGGACAUUUUUGCGGGUUUUAACUGCACUCUCAGGGGAGGAAACGUUACUCACCACGAAUACAUCCAGGUUGGCAAGGGUCGAGAUGUUGGAUUAAAUCAGAUAGCUCUAUUUGAGGCUAAGGUGGCCAGUGGCAACGGUGAACAAACUUUGAGCCGGGAUGUUUAUCGCCUUGGACACCGACUGGACUUUUUCCGCAUGCUUUCUUUCUACUACACAACAGUCGGGUUUUACUUGAACAACAUGAUGGUGGUCCUGACGGUGUAUGCUUUUCUCUGGGGCCGAGUAUAUCUGGCUUUGAGCGGAGUUGAGCGUGGACUUCUGUCCAGUUCAACUAGUAACAGCGCUCUCACGGCAGCACUGAAUCAGCAGUUUAUCGUGCAGCUGGGACUUUUCACUGCGCUCCCAAUGAUUGUGGAGAACUCCAUUGAGCGAGGAUUCUCAAAGGCCGUCUGGGACUUUUUUACUAUCCAGCUUCAACUAGCCUCUAUGUUUUUCACAUUUUCUAUGGGCACCAAGACUCACUAUUUUGGAAGAACUCUUCUUCAUGGCGGUGCCAAGUAUCGUGCAACCGGACGAGGAUUUGUUGUGAAGCACGAGCGGUUUGCGGAGAACUACAGGCUCUACUCAAGAAGCCACUUCAUCAAAGGCCUCGAACUCGCCCUUCUCCUGGUCGUUUACGAGGCAUACGGUUCCUUCAGCAAGGACACAGUGGUCUACAUUCUUCUCACAUUCUCAAGCUGGUUCUUGGCACUGACAUGGAUCCUGGCACCAUUCGUUUUCAACCCGUCGGGAUUCGACUGGCUCAAAACCGUGGACGACUACGAGGAUUUCUUCAACUGGGUGUUCUACAGAGGAGGGGUCCUGGUAAAGGCUGACCAGAGCUGGGAAUCUUGGUGGGACGAAGAGCAGGAUCAUUUGCGAACGACAGGCAUAUGGGGAAAAGUUUUCGAGGUGAUCCUCUCCCUGCGCUUCUUCUUCUUCCAAUACGGCAUUGUCUACCAGCUUGGCAUCGCGAACCACAGCACCAGUAUUCUGGUUUAUCUCCUCUCGUGGAUAUACGUGGUGGUGGCGUUCUUGCUUCACAAGAUACUAUCCUUCGCUCACGAGAAGUACGCGACGAGGGAGCACCUCACUUACAGAGCAAUCCAGGCAUUCGCGUUGUUCUUCUCGGUGCUGGUGCUCAUCCUCCUCAUCGAGCUUACAAGCUUUAGGUUCUUGGACUUGAUCGUCAGCUUGUUGGCUUUCCUCCCCACUGGUUGGGGACUGCUACAGAUUGCACAGGUGCUGCGAAGGCCUUUUCUCGAGAGAACAGGAAUGUGGCCAACGGUGGUGACGGUGGCUCGCCUCUACGAGCUCGGCAUUGGGAUCUUAGUCAUGGUUCCGACCGCGGUUCUAUCUUGGCUGCCAGGAUUCCAGGCAAUGCAGACGAGGAUCCUUUUCAACCAGGCCUUCAGCAGAGGCCUCCAGAUCUCCAGGAUUCUCGUCGGCAAAAGGCCAAAAUCCUACUGAGAAGAAGAUUAAAAGGCAUGUCUUUUUUGAAGAACUAUCUCACAGUUUCCAGAUUGUGUAUGUAGUUAACGCGACUUUGAUAGGAAAAGAGUAUAUCACGCCUGUAA